UAAACGUGUUUCGUCGUGCCGUGCAAAAAAACAUAACACGCGCCCAACUCCAGCAGCUUGUUAACGCCAGCAAAAAUACACUUGGUCGGCCACCACGCGGCGAAAGACUGUGUAUGCUUUGGCUACACCACAGCAGUCGGUGCUUCAAACUUUGCCUUUCACAAACAACAUUAUUUUCAUCGUGCGUAUCGACGUUAGUAAUAAUUCGGACGAAAUUCAAUUUCUUACACUACCGAAACUGCCGUAAGAAUCUGCAAUUACAAUUACUAACCACACAGAGAUACCAACAAGCACAGCUCAGUAUGUCUACCCAAGUCAAAUAUUUGGAGUCACCCGACAAGUCGGAAAUGGACAAAAAACUCUACAAGACACUGCUCUUGCCAAAUGGCUUGCAUGCUCUGAUCAUCUCGGAUCCAAGUCCGAUUCCACAUGAUGGCUUUACCACAUCAGAGUCGUCAAUUUGCGAGGGCGAGAUUGGCGAGGAGACAUCUGCGGAGACUGAGAGCACGCCUGACUCCAGCGACGACACAACAUCAUCAUCCUCGUCGGGAAGCAGUCAGCAUGACUCCGACUCGGACAGCGAGGAGGGCGACGAGAAGCUGGCAGCCUGUGCCGUGCUCAUGGAUUACGGCUCGUUUGCGGAGCCACGUGAUUAUCAGGGACUGGCGCAUUUUCUGGAGCACAUGAUAUUCAUGGGAUCGGAAAAGUAUCCGGAGGAAAACAUAUUUGAUGCGCACAUCACUAAAUGUGGCGGAUUCGCCAAUGCCCUCACCGAUAGCGAGGAUACAGUGUUUUAUUUUGAGGUGGCUGAGAAGCAUCUCGAUUCGAGUCUCGAUUAUUUCACGGCUCUGAUGAAGCAUCCUCUAAUGAAACAGGAGGCAAUGCAACGCGAACGCUGCUCGGUGGACUCAGAAUUCCAGCAGAUCGUCCAGGAGGAUGAGUUGCGUCGUGACCAGCUGCUGGCCAGCCUGGCAUCCGAGGGUUUUCCCCACGGCACCUUCUCCUGGGGCAAUCUGAAAACUUUAAAGGAUAAUGUCGAUGAUCAAGUGAUGUACAAACUGUUGCACAAGAUCCGUCGCGAACAUUAUACCUCCAAUCGCAUGUAUUUGUGCAUGCAGGCUCGUCUACCCAUCGAUGAGCUGGAAGCGCUCGUUUUGCGCCACUUUACCGAUAUACCAGCCAAUCCCGGCGUACAGGCACCUGAUCUGAGUGGAUUCAAUUACCGCAACGCGUUCCGCGAUGAGUUCCACCAGCAUGCGUUCUUCGUAAAGCCCGUAGAGAAUGUGUGCAAGCUGGAGCUGACCUGGGUGCUGCCCAAUGUGCGUCAGUAUUAUCGCAGCAAGCCGGAUCAAUUUCUCGCCUAUAUUAUCGGCCACGAGGGCGCGGGCAGCCUUUGCGCCUAUCUCCGGCGUCGCCUGUGGGCUCUGGAGCUCGUCGCUGGCAUCGAUAACGAUGGCUUCGAUCUCAAUUCGAUAUAUAGUCUAUUCAAUGUGUGCAUCUAUCUCACCGAUGAGGGUUUCAAGAAUAUUGAUGACGUCCUCGCGGCCACAUUCGGUUAUAUCAAGGUUCUGGCCAAUGCCGAUCCCAAAGCCUUGCGCGUCAUCUUCGAUGAGCAGCAGGGCAUUGAAGCAACCGCAUUCCGCUUCCAGCCACAGCGUCCCGCCAUGGAUAAUGUACAGCAGUUGGUUCAGAAUACCAAAUACUUUCCGCCCAAGGAUAUCCUCACUGGCAAUGAGCUCUAUUUUGAGUACAACGAACCGCAUCUAAAAGAACUAAUUGGCCAUUUGAAUGAGUUCAAGUUCAAUUUGAUGCUGACGGCACGCAAAUACGGAGAUCUGAUAUUCGAUAAGACGGAGAAGUGGUUCGGAACCGAAUACACCAGCACUCCCAUGCCACCUAAGUGGCAACAGCUGUGGAAGGAAACGGAUGCUUCAUCGAUGCCGCACCUCUUUUUGCCUGGGCCCAAUCGCUUUGUCCCCCAAGAUUUUACAAUCUUCUGGCAUGCCGAUGGUAAACCCGAGAUACCCGACGUGCCCAAGAAACUAAUACAAAACGAAACCUGUGAGCUGUGGUUCCGUCCAGACGAUAAAUUCGAUCUGCCCGGGGUUUACAUGUCCUUCUACCUAAUCUCGCCCCUUCAGCGCAAGAGCGCCAAAAAUGAUGCCAUGUGUGCUCUGUACGAGGAGCUAGUCAAGUUCCAUGUUGGCGAGGAACUUUAUCCGGCAACCAAUGCCGGCUUGGACUAUACAUUCGGUGUGAGCGAGAAGGGUAUACUUUUGCAGGUGCACGGCUACAAUGAGAAGCUGCAUCUGAUCAUCGAGACGAUAGCCCAGGCAAUGAUUAACGUCGAGUCCAUGCUCACCGAGGAGAUGCUCGCCACAUUUGUUAAGGAUAAGCGCAAGACAUAUUUCAACACGCUGAUCAAACCGCGUGCUCUUAACAGGGAUGUGCGUCUAUGCGUUGUGGAGCACAUGCGUUUCUUGAUGAUCGACAAGUACAAGAGUUUGAAUGAGAUAACGCUCAAGGAUCUGCAGGAGUUUUCACAUUUAUUCCCGCAGCAUUUGUACGUGCAGGGUUUGAUACAGGGCAACUAUAGGGAGGAGCAGGCGCACAAUGUGAUGAACACGCUGCUGACGCGCCUCGGCUGCCGGCCCAUCAAGGAGCAUAGCUUUGUUGAGGAUCGCACUGUGCAAUUGCCUCAGGGCGCACACUAUAUACGCUGUCAUGCGUUAAACGAACAGGAUACGAAUACGGUGACCACGAAUUACUAUCAAAUUGGGCCAAAUAGUGUGCGGCUGGAGUGCAUUCUGGAUUUGCUGAUGAUGUUCGUAGAAGAGCCGCUGUUCGAUCAGCUGCGCACCAAGGAGCAGUUGGGCUACCAUGUGGGUGCCACAGUGCGUCUGAAUUACAGCAUCAUCGGCUACUCAAUAAUGGUCAAUUCACAAGAGACGAAUACAACCGCUAGCCAUGUGGAGCAACGCAUCGAGGUGUUCCGUGCCAAUAUGUUGACAAUACUUGAGAAUAUGCCACAGGGGGACUACGAUCACACUCGCGAUUCACUCAUCAAGCUAAAGAUGGUCGCCGAUAUGGCCCUCGGAACGGAGUUCCUGCGCAACUGGACCGAGAUUGUCAACGAGAAGUACAUGUUCGAUCGUCGUCGCCAGCAGAUCGAAGUGCUGCGCACUUUGACCGCUCGUGAAAUCAUCGCUUUUCUGCUGGAGAACGAGAUCAGCAAUAUGCGCAAGUUGUCCAUACAGAUCAUUGGCAACAAACCGGAUAAAACAACUUGCUGCAAAUUGGCAGCGAAAUCCAAAGCGAGGGCCAAGCGUUCCGUCGAGAUCAUUGGUGAUGGCGAUGAUGAUGAUGUUGAUGAUAGUGAUGAUGAUGACGAUGACGAUGACAUGGAGGAGGAUGUGGAAAUGGAGACUAGCUCAGAGGAGGAUGAGGAUGAGCUUUUCCAGGCGCUGGCCAACAAAUUGAACGUUACCUUUCUACCCAAAGAGGGCGAUGCAAGCACAAUUACGGACAUUGACGAGUUCAAAGCGAAUCUGGAUCUAUAUCCCAUGGUACCGGACAUUCCCGAUGAUCUCACACCGAGCAACUUCAUCGAGGAUGCGAUGAUGAAAAGUUGAACACUCUUCCAACGACAAGCGACAAACAACAAACCAACACAACCAACACAACCCACAAAACUCACUUAACCACCAAACACAACAAACAACAAAAAAAAAACAAGCAAAAAUCAGCCACAUCAAAAAUGUUCAUAAUAUUUAGUAUUUAGCAUUAAGAACCUUUUGCGCCAGCCAAAAAGGGGCAAGUCUCAUUUCCAAAAUGCAAGCCGCCUUUUUAAGCCAAGCAAAACUCACACACAGACACACACACACACGUACACACACACACACAUACACACACACACACAUACACACACACACAUACACAUACACACACACACACACACACGAGGAGCAGCAAUCAUUUCACAUUGUAAAAGUAAAGAAAUUUGCAUUUCUUUUUUUUCAGCGAAAAUUAUAAGUGACGAUAUUGACAAACCUGUAACUUUGUCAGUUAAUUAAAUAAACACAACUUAUAAAUAAUAAUGCAAA